AGAAAUAAAAAAAAUAACAAUAACAAUAAGUAAAGCCCUAACAAGGAGAGCCUAAGAAGGGGUAGGAGUAAUUGAAACCGAGUUCAAUACCGUGGUGCCGCAGACGGCAAACCUACUCUCAUACGAAUUAAGAUCCUCCCAACUAUUCUUGAGGCGUUAUAAAACUCGGAAACCCUAACUCAGCAUCCCAAGGGCUCCGAUUUCUCUCUGUCUUUCUGUUUCUCUAUUACCCUCACACUAAAGCACAGUCCUUUUGCAGUUCACUCAUGGCCGAAACUAAUAACCUAGGCGAACCCACAUUUCCCGUGAAGCGUAAACCCGAUCUCAGCUGCGAGGACCAGGCCGACUACCCUAAGAAAACCCAUAAGCUUGAAGUUUCUGAUAUUAGUUCGUCGCUUGCUGAAGGAAAAACUCAAGACCCAGAAAAUUUCGACCAGAAUUCCUCGGUGGCCGAAGAGAUAAACGAUAAAUUUGAAGCCAAUGCAGACCCUGAAGACGAAGAAGAUUUCGUAGAAGACGACGACGAAGAUGAAGACGGUGAAAAGUCUAAUGGGAAGGCUGAGGUGGAUCGCAAGGGAAAGGGGAUUAUGAGAGAUGACAAGGGCAAAGGGAAACUGAUAGAAGAAGAUGACGAUGACAGUGACGACGAUUCAAGCGAUGGUGGUAGCGAAUUCGAAGAUGGCGAUAGUGAUUUAUCGGAUGAUCCUCUUGCGGAGGUCGAUUUGCAUAACAUUCUUCCUUCGAGGACUCGGAGACGGCAGGUUCAGCCUGGGGUUUACAUGGCUAAUGAUAUUGGAAACGACGAAGAAGAUGAUAGUGAUGACAGCGAUACUCUGAGUUGAGGAAGUGGACGGAGGAGAACUGAAAAAGGCAAAAAGCAAAAGUCUGAUCUAAUGAUGCUCGCUGGCAGCAAUUGGCACCCGAUGCCACAAAAAUUAUAACGCUCCCUAAAAACCUCAGCCCAUGUAUGUACGUACUUCUUCUACUGCUAGUAGUAGUCGUACUGCACAGCACAGCACUGUUGCUUUGCUUUUAUGCUUUUAUGCUUUAUGCUUUUAUAAAUAAAAAAAGCUAAAAGCCAGCCUCAACACAAAGAUCACAUGCAUCGCAUUCGCAACUAAAUAUAAGUUUCAAUUGGUUAUGUUAUGUAAUUAUAUUAUGGUGGUUUAAAUAAAAAAAGUAUGCAUCGUCCCUCUA